CUGUCUGCAUACUUGACUGUCUGAGCCAGGAGAAGGAGAAGAAUAGACAUUGUACAGGGGGCAAGCCUUUGACUCCAACAAUCCCCAUUUUCCGUUAAGUAAUCGUUCUGUAUAAAAGGAAAUAUCGCCUACUCAGUUUCAUUGAGGGCUGCCAACAAAUGUUCUCCGCCAACCAGGGAGGGGGGGAAGAAUAGCAGGCUUUAAUAAAGUGGCCCUAUAGAAGUUCAUUAUCUAGGGGGGCAAUCUUGGAAGGAGACCGCCUACGUUGUCCAAACUUUUUUUUUUUUUUUUUUUUCUGAGAAAAGUCCCAUAAGGUUGAAGUUGCGCUUUAUUAUCGCUCCGGGGAUUUAGCGGCUCCUCGUGUCUCGGGCGCUCCGCUGGGCGCUCCUCCUGGCACUCAGCAAGCAGCCAGAUUGGAAGGACACCUCCCGGCCAUUGGUGCUACAGGGAGCGCGGAAGGUACACCGUGUCACCUGAUUCACUCUGAAUUUCUCAACUACAGAAAAAAAAAAAAGAAGAAGAAGAAGGAUCUCCACCCCCCAAACACUCACACACACAUCGGGAGACCGCCCACCGCAGACAGCUAAGACCCCCUUAUAGAUUUAAAGAGAGACUGCAUAGCCCCGACGUUCAUUCAAUAGAGCGAUCGCCGCAGCAAGCGUGUCUCUUCCACCCGACUUCUCCCCAGCAGCAGCAGCAGCAACAUAAAUCCCAGGAUGUUAAAUCAGAGAAUCCGCCCGGGCUUGCUUGUCCUCCUCACCCUCUGCCUCUGUCAUUACAUGGAAGAUCACAUCGUGCACGCUGGGAACUGCUGGCUUCAGCAAUCCAAGAACGGCCGCUGCCAGGUCCUCUACAGGAUGGAUCUGACCAAGGAUGAGUGCUGCAAGACUGGGAGGCUGGGCACCUCGUGGACGGAGGAAGAUGUACCCAACAGUACCCUCUUCAAAUGGAUGAUCUUCAAUGGGGGGGCGCCACAUUGCAUCCCCUGCAAAGAGACAUGCGAGAAUGUUGACUGUGGUCCCGGAAAGAAAUGUAAGAUGAACAAGAAGAACAAGCCACGCUGUGUGUGCGCCCCAGACUGCUCCAACAUCACCUGGAAGGGCCCCGUCUGUGGCCUGGAUGGAAAGACCUACAAGGACGAAUGUGCCCUACUCAAGGCCAAAUGUAAAGGAGUGCCCGAACUGGAUGUGCAAUACCAAGGCAAAUGCAAAAAAACCUGCAGAGACGUGUUAUGUCCCGGGACGUCCACCUGCGUGGUGGAUCAGACCAAUAAUGCCUAUUGUGUGACGUGCCACCUCAACUGUCCGGAACCCACAUCGUCUGACCAGUACUUGUGCGGCAAUGAUGGCAUCACCUAUGCCAGUGCAUGUCACUUGAGGAAGGCCACCUGCCUGCUAGGCAGAUCUAUUGGACUGGCGUAUGAGGGAAAAUGCAUCAAAGCUAAGUCAUGUGAAGACAUCCAUUGCAGCAUGAGCAAGAAAUGUCUAUGGGACAGUAGAGUGGGCAGAGGACGCUGCGCCGCGUGUGACGAUACCUGUCCAAACAGCAAGUCUGAUGAAGCCGUUUGUGCCAGUGAUAACACCACCUACCCAAGCGAGUGCGCCAUGAAACAGGCAGCCUGCUCCUUGGGAAUACUUUUGGAAGUCAAACACAACGGAUCUUGCAACUCCAUUAAUGAAGAACCGGAGGAAGAGGAUGAAGAAGAGGAUCCAGACUACAACAGCGUCUCUCUAUCUUCCGUCCACUGGUAAAACUGUUGGAACAGCCUUUCCGGGCAAGGAUUAAAGGGGCUGUCUGCCCAAAACUGAUAUUUCAGUUAUGGGUGGGUUUUUGGUGGGCUGGAUUGCCUAAUGUCUUUUUAUAUCUCGUUGUGGCUCCAGUGGGGAGAUCUUCUGCAUUCUUUAGUAUUCAUUGAGUCUUCCUGAGGUACAGGGGGAGUUUUCAUCAUGGCCACAACAGGCAUUUAUGGUCAUGAGUGCAGGAAUCUCAACAGUGGAAUCCAAGAAAGGUACAAGAAGCUGGAAAGGUGAUUUCGCCCCCCCUGGCUUCUACACAAAAUUGAAAUAUCAGUUUUGGGUGGACUGGCCCUUUAAUGUCCAUACUGUACAUAGGUGUAUGCUUAUUUAUUUUGAAGAAGAAAAAAG